GCGUGUAAAUCGCAGGUUUCCUCAAGGCAAAAUAACAUUCGUUUAGAUCAGAUGACACGUCUGAAGUCGGCCAAGACAUCACCACAAAACAUGCUGAAGACAUUAUCCAUUUUACUUGGAAUAGUUUCCUUUUCUACGGCCUUUUACCUUCCAGGUUUGGCACCUGUAACUUACUGCAAGCAAAAGUCAGAAAAUUGCAAGACUGAAGUGAAGAUCUUCGUUAACAGACUCAACUCAAUUGAAACAAUUGUACCAUAUGAAUACCAUUCCUUUGACUUCUGUACCACAGAUGAAGAACAUUCUCCUGUGGAGAAUUUGGGACAAGUGGUGUUUGGAGAAAGGAUCCGACCAUCUCCUUACAAUGCAACCUACAUGAUGGAUGUGAAAUGUCAAGUGGCCUGUACAAGGACAUACCAGCCAAAACAGAAGGAGUCCUUAGCCAGACUGAAGUUUCUGAAAAAGGGAAUUUCACUCAACUAUCAGCACCACUGGAUUGUUGAUAACAUGCCGCUAACCUGGUGUUAUGAUGUAGAGCAAAAUGAGAAGUAUUGCUCUCGAGGAUUUCCCAUUGGAUGCUACGUUACUAAAAAUGGAAAGAGAAAGGAUGCCUGCGUGACUGAUCCACGUUUCAGUGAGAAGGACAGCUACUACCUUUUUAACCAUGUGGAUAUCACUAUCACCUAUCACUCUGGGGAGGGAGAGGAAUGGGGAGACCAGAAUAACCCAGGAGGUCGCAUUGUAUCUGCAAAACUUGUCCCCAAAAGUAUCAGGAAGACACAACUAGAUGCUUACGGAUGCCAGGCUAAAGCUACUGAUCCUGCUAUGUUCCUGACCGGUGGUGGUGAUAUCAGCCAACCACUAACCUUCAACUACACCUUCUCGCUAACAUGGAAACAAGACAAUACCAUUAAGUGGUCGUCAAGGUGGGAUUAUAUACUUGAGUCUAUGCCUCACACAAAUAUCCAGUGGUUCAGCAUCAUGAACUCCUUGGUGAUCGUGCUGUUCCUCUCUGGUAUGGUGGCUAUGAUUAUGCUGAGAACACUUCACAAGGACAUUGCACGUUACAACCAGAUUGAUAACUCUGAAGAUGCCCAGGAGGAGUUUGGAUGGAAGCUAGUCCAUGGAGAUGUGUUCCGACCCCCCAGAAAGGGUAUGAUGUUGGCUGUCCUCAAUGGUAGUGGUAUGCAGGUGUUCUUCAUGGUUCUCAUUACACUUGUAUUUGCAUCACUUGGGUUCCUGUCUCCAGCCAACAGAGGAGCUCUGAUGACUUGUGCCAUGGUGCUUUAUGUGUGCUUGGGAACACCAGCUGGUUAUGUUUCAGCCAGGAUUUACAAAAUGUUUGGAGGGGAGAAGUGGAAAUCAAAUGUCAUCAUCACAGCACUGUUCUGUCCAGGCAUUGUGUUUGGGGUGUUUUUCCUGAUGAACCUCAUCCUGUGGGCUAAAGGCAGCAGUGCAGCCAUCCCCUUCUCCACACUCAUUGCUCUCCUUGCCCUCUGGUUUGGUAUAUCAGUACCACUUACCUUUGUUGGAGCUUACUUUGGCUAUAAGAAGAGGGCCAUCGAACAUCCAGUAAGGACAAACCAGAUUCCACGCCAGAUCCCUGAUCAGUCUUUCUACACUCAACCUAUACCUGGUAUUAUAAUGGGUGGAGUUCUUCCCUUCGGCUGCAUCUUCAUUCAGCUCUUCUUCAUUCUCAACAGUAUAUGGUCGCAGCAGACUUACUACAUGUUCGGAUUUCUAUUCCUGGUGUUUAUUAUCCUCCUUGUCACCUGUUCAGAGGCCACCAUCUUGCUGUGUUAUUUCCAUCUCUGUGCAGAGGACUAUCACUGGUGGUGGCGAUCAUUUCUGACCAGUGGAUUCACUGCUGUUUACUUGUUUGCUUACUGCAUUCAUUAUUUUGUGUCUAAACUGGAGAUCCAUGAUACAGCCAGUACAAUGCUCUACUUUGGAUACACCUUCAUCAUGGUCUUUGCUUUCUUCUUGACUACAGGAGCCAUUGGUUUCUUUGCCUGUUUCUGGUUCACAUCCAAAAUUUACAGUGUUGUGAAGGUAGACUAGAGUCUGGAAAAAACUAUAUGACCUUGGUAUGACCUUGGUUUGAGGGUGAUCAUUAAUUGGUGUAACUGACUAAUGGAUACUCUAUGUCUUUCUCUCCAUCAUUAUUCAAUACGGGACACAUGAGAUGGAACAAGUUGGAUGUCAGGAAUUGAAAACAAUGUGCAGUCACUUCACAGGAUAAGGACACCACACACAUUUCUUUCUCCGGUGUCCUGUGCUUUGCAUUUUGGAACCUUUAUAGCUAUCGGAAUUUCAAUGUCUGAAAGGGAUAUUGGAAUUCGUUUGAUGUAAAUUCUGCUUACAAUAAGUUAAAAAAGUUUACAAGAAAUUGAUUUAAUUUGUUAAAACAGCUAUUACUGCAUAAUUGCUAAAUCAGAGGUCAAAUGUCUUAAUGAUAAGAGACAAAAGAAACAUGGAAAUUAUAGGGAUAGAAACUUGUAAUAGAAGAAAAAGGGCAUAGUUUGGCAAAUAUUUUUGUAAUUAGGCUAACUUGUCAAGUUUGCUGCCCUGGAUGAUGUUUUGAUGUUCUUUCUGUUAAGCAUCUUUGUAUAUACUUACACUGGUAAAUAUCCCAUUUCCUGUCAGCUAGAAUGGAAGAUUUUAAUUUAUCAUGAAUGGAAGAAUUUUUUUUUCAAUUUGUAUAAAUUGUUAGAUGUUAUAUGCUUGAACAAAUCUAAAUAAAUGUCUUUCUGUAUCAACUUCAAUAAGGUUUUCUUCAAACUUAAGCAGAAGUGUGUACAUUUUGUAUAGUAAGAUUGCAUGUGGCAGACUCGCUGUAAGUUGUGACUCGUGUCUAGACAAACCUACUCCUUGGUAAUGCUGUUUUAGUAUACAUACACAACAUCCUAUUGCUGGAAAUAUGUCAGAGGAGAAAAUUCAUUGGUUCUUAUGGUAUGAUAUUUACAGUAGAUUUAUUGUUUUUAAUGAAAUCCUAUUUAUUGUUAAGGCUUGAAGAAGACAUUUCAUAAAAUUAAACUAUUUUGGUGCCAUUUUAAAAAAGGCUAUAAUUCUAGGUAAUAGUUAUAUUUCUAGAUGCAUGUAUCAACAAUACGCAUGGAUUUGUGAAGGAUGUGUAUUUUAAAAUUUUGUUGCAAAAUAGUGUGGGGUUUUUUUUAGUGUAUUUCUUCCUGUGAAGAUUGGUGAGAUUGUAUUAAACAUUUAUAAUUGAUGACACGGUGAUUUUGCACACAAAUAUUAUAUCACAUUCCUCUAUGUACUGUUUAUUUGUUUUGUUUUUAUAAUAAACAUUGUUAUAUGUCAUUGAAAACUUUCUAGAUUAAAACAAGUAAUGCACUGUUCAUCUAUACUUUUAUAUACUGUCCAACGAAAGCCAUAAUGUGGAGAGAAAAAAAGGAACGAUUCCCAUGUCUGACAGAUGUACAAUUAUUUUUAAGACAUAUUUUAAUCCUUGUUGUUUUGGUUGCUGAAGACAAAUGGCUGAGAACUUACAAGUAAAAUGAAAUGGCAUUGUUACAUUUAACAAUAGUGUUUGAGUGAACACAGUUUAUCAUAUUUAAUGGGUAUGGCUGUUUUAAUUUAUAACUUUUUUACUAACAGAUUACUUUCAAUUUCUGUUACAUUUUUAUUGUGAAAAUGAAAGACUGAUUGUAAGAAAUGAAAAGUUGAAUUAAGUAGAACAUUGGGAUGUUUUAUCAGAUUGAUAUUACAGGUGUUUACAUCUUUGCACCUUAGUUAACCUUUUCCCAUCAGAUUUCUUUGUGUAUUGAGUAUUGAAAAUUUUGUGUGCCUUGAAGUUAAGUGUUGAUAUCAGGUUAAUUUUAAAAUCAUAUCUAUUACAAUUUGUAAUUGAGACUGGAAUUUCUAAACCCUGGUUUGAUAAAUAAAUUAAUCAUUUCGUUGAUGGUCAAUUAUUCAGUGUAUAUGACAUAGCUGAUGAAUGUUCCACAUGUAGAAUAAAACAAAUGUUUGCUCAGUGAUGCACUCACAUCUGUAAGAAAAAUAACCCUCAGUCUUACAUGGCUCAAAUUUGUUGGAAGAUAAUCUACAUUGUAUUCUAAACUUUGACAAUACUGUGGAUAUGAAUUCUUAGUUAUCCCCCUUUAUGGUUUAUGAAAUAUUUAUUUUUGCAACAGAGAAAGGAUAUUAAUUAGAUUCCAGUAACAAUUUUAUCCUCAUGACUCCUGUGUUUGACUUUUUUACACAUGUUGAUAUCACAGCUAAAGAAUCUAGUAAUUUUUAAACAGUAUUAAUGUUAUUGAUUUGAGUGGAACAGCCUUUCUUUCUUGUUUUGUUUGCAUGUUUAUGGAUGAUCAGUACAUUUUACCAUGUACUAAAUGUGUAGUUGCAUUUGCAUUGUUUCUCAAUUGUAAUAAGAUCUAUCUUAAUUGUCUGCUGUAGGCACAAAUUUACAUAAGUGGAGCAUAUUGAUCUGUACAUUGUAUCAAGGGGCUUAGUUUUAAACACCUCAGCAUAGGUACUAUAACUCAUUUCAAUAACAACUUCAUUCUGAGGUAGUUAUAAACUACAUACCCAGCUAACUCCAACCAGCCACAAAACGUUAUAUUUUUAAUAGCCUAAAUUAUCUUUGUUCUCUGAUGUUAUUUAUUUUAUAAUGCAAAGGCAUUUAAGGAUGGAGAAAUCAUUGUUCUAUGACAAUCUUGUGUAAUACCAACGAUAAGCAAGGUGAGUAUAAAUCGAAUAUCAGAUUCAAUUUCACAUGAAAUCAAGCAACUUAAAAACCUGUCUUAGGUCUGCAGUUUAUAUCACUAUAUAGGCAGUUUUAGUCUUGGUUACAAUUCCGUCCUAAACAUACUUCAAAUAAACAAGGAUUUGUCAACAAAUUUGAAUAGACUAUUAUUACAAUGAAAAGUAGUGUUGUCAGUAGAGUGUUGAUUAACCAGGUAUUAAUUGAAAACCCAAAGUAAGUAGAUAUAAAAAAAUGAGAGGUUAGAUCCUGAUCCUUAGAUGGCUGACUCAAAAGGCAAAUGGUGAAAGAAUGCUGUUUGAUUUCAAACUGCAGAUGGAACAUGAAAAUUUCACAUUUAAAAUGGAAGAGGAAGAGAAAUUUAGCUUCAUUUGAUAGAUUUAGCUGAAAGUUAUUCUCCUUUAUAGAAACAAUGUAUGUGUGAGUAUGGCUUGAACAUGUGCAUAUACUAGAUAUAUUUUUUGAUUAAUUGUUAACUGUAUUUGUUGGGUGUUAUGUAAACUUUGCUUUUGAAAUUAUGAGGUAUUUUGCUUUGUAAAUUUUAGAUAAUAUAUGAAAUAUUAAUCAUGGAAUAAAGAGUGUAUAAAUAUACAUAGUUUUCUUUAUGUAGUUUUAUGUUUUAUGUUUAAUAUUUCCUUGUGAUGACAGCACUGAAAUAUGUCUCAUUUUUUGUUAAUAAGCAACUAAUGAAAUAGCAAUCAUAUUUCUCUGUCAGUAGAUUUCUUUGGAAAAAGAAAAUUGUUUAAGUUACAACUAUCCCCUAUCUUCAAGGCAUAUACAUGGUAUAUAAUUUAUUCAGGAUUGAUUGAAAUGCCCUGUCUUCAGGUAUUUAGUGGAUGUAGAGGUUGUGAUAUUGUGACAGAACUUGAGAAUAUGCAUGUAUUUAUUUUUGUACACAACAGCUUGCUUUACCUCUAUGUAUUCUUUCAUAAGGAGUCAGGCACUAGCUAACAGAUUUUGUGUGCUCAAUGAAAUACUAGCUUUGGUAACUCUAAUUGAAUCUCAGUUUUGGCAACACUACAUCAUUCUCUCACCCUGAAAAAUAGGACUUUAAAAAACUUUGCUUUACCAAAUCUAUGUAUAAAUCACAAAGAUGUAUUGGUAGCCAGAAAAUUUAGCAAGUGUUUUGCUGUCUUUAUUCUAACUAAAAUACAAUACUCCAUUACAUCUACACAACUACUUACUGACCUUUUAAAUUUCCUUUAUUUAUAACCUUUUAUUAUAUAAGCUGCAGACCAGUGUUUGGUUUGCUGAUGUUUUUGUGGUAAAUGUGUUUGUAAUGUUUGUACCUGUAUUGUACAGAUCACUACCAGUUAUGCAAAACUGUAAAUAAACUGUGUAUAUCCUGUUAAAAGUCAUUUAUUUGCUUGGUACUUUAUUUAGUUUUUCUGUAUAUGAGUGAUGUGUAUGGAAUCGAAAUACAGUACAGCCUUUCAUCUUAAAGAACAUCAUAGUCUCCAUAGAACUGUACUGGUUUGUGAUUUUAAAGACUGAAUCAAUUGUUUGCAUUUUAAUAAUAAUUUAUUUUGAAAUUUUCCUUGUAGUAAAAAAUUCCAGUUACAUUUCAACUGUAAAUAGUAUAGAAAUAUUACCAAGGUAUCGAGAACAGAAAAUGCUCUCAUCUAACAUAUAACUGGGAAAUCUUGUCCCACAGAUGUAUUGCUAGCCUCAGGUGGAAUCUGCAGUACAUACAAUGUACAUAGCCAGGUGUGUAUUCAUUUUCUUAUUUGUUGAUAUUGUACAUUUCAUGCCGACAAAUUGAUCUUCUUUUAGCACUCAGUGUUAAAUCAGCUUUAAGUGGAAAAUAACUGAAUUAUAAUAUUACAAUUUUUAUAGGAUAAUUAGAAAGAAAAUAAGUUUCAACAUUACUGGUGUUUGAAGUAGUGUUAUUUCUUACUUGGUGAAUAACAUGUUAUUUCUGAGGGUUACAUGUGUGAAAUAAAUCCAUUAUUUCAUA